CCCUACCCAUCUCCUGUCUCGCCUCAAACUACGCAAAAUGCACCUCCCCAGAAUGGACGGCGUCCUCUCCCCGAUCCCCGAACACUGCCCGCCCCUUCUGGCAAUAACCAAGUGUUUCCUACUCCAAGGUCGUCGCCUUCCCCGCAACCUCACGUGCCUACCCAUCGUCCAACGCAGUCGGUUCCGAGUGCGUUCCUACCUCCCGCUCGCCCAGUUUCCGUGGGUAGAGUUCCAUCCGCACAGCCGCCAAAUGUCAAUGGGUUCUCUACCACAGGUCUCGUAUGCGGCGGAUGCGGAGGCGCUAUCAUCGGCCGCAUCGUGAGCGCGAUGGACAUGAGGUGGCACCCGGGAUGCUUCAGGUGCUGCGAGUGUGACGAGCUGCUGGAAAACCUCAGUUCGUAUGCGCACGAUGGGAAGCCGUAUUGCCAUCUGGAUUACCACGAGCUGUUCGCGCCGAAAUGCUACCACUGUCAGACUACGAUUGUGGACGAGCGGUUCAUCACUCUCGACGACCACGAGCUCGGCAAACGGACGUACCACGAACAACACUUCUUCUGCGCGGAAUGUGGAGAUCCAUUCCUGCCCACAUCGGACCCUGGCGCGCCCUCGCGUACAUUCGCUGGAGAUGGCGCGUUUGCGGACGACGACGUUGGCUUCACGGUAUACCGUGGUCAUCCGUACUGCGAGUCGUGCCAUGUCCGGCUGCGGAUGCCGAAGUGCAAGAAGUGCAAGAAGAGUAUCCGUGACGGGAUGCAGGCAGUGGAGGCUCUGGGUGGGAAGUGGUGCUGGGAGUGCUUCACUUGCGCCAGCUGUGACAAGCCCUUCGACAACCCCGCAUUCUUCCAGCGCGAGAACAAACCCUUUUGCGAAAACUGCUUCAGUAUUAUGAUUCGGAAC